AUGGAUCCCUCUACCCCCAUUGACUACCCCGCCGAUUCGGCCUACAGUCCGCACAUUGUCAACGAUCAGGAUCAGUCACAAGAGGACGUUACGGCGGUACAAAAUGCCCAGCAAUCACAGGCGUCAACUGCCAUGGCAACGCCACCCCUUGACAAUGACCCAAGUCAGAAAUACAACUCACCCAGUUUAUACCAACAGCCCGGUUCAAGACCUGGUUCUGGCAUGGGCGGGCAUCAGCAGACACAGUAUCAGGAAAAUCGCCAGUCACAGCCAGCCAGCAAAUCUAGUGUCGUCAUCAAGGUCGGGAUGGUUGGGGAUGCUCAGAUAGGGAAGACGAGCUUGAUGGUCAAAUAUGUCGAGGGCAGCUGGGAUGAAGACUACAUACAGACGUUGGGCGUCAACUUCAUGGAGAAGACAAUCUCAAUACGCAAUACCGAAAUUACCUUCUCGAUUUGGGAUCUGGGUGGCCAGCGAGAGUUUGUCAACAUGCUUCCCCUUGUCUGCAACGACGCCGUCGCGAUCCUAUUCAUGUUCGACCUGACUCGGAAGUCGACGCUGAACAGCAUCAAAGAGUGGUACAGACAAGGCCGAGGCUUCAACAAAACUGCCAUUCCAUUCUUGAUCGGCACAAAAUAUGAUCAUUUCGUCAACUUUCCCAGAGAAGAUCAAGAGGAGAUCAGCAAUCAGGCUCGAAGAUUCGCCAAAGCGAUGCGGGCAAGCCUCAUCUUUAGCAGCACCAGUCACAGCAUCAACGUCCAGAAGAUCUUCAAGAUCGUCCUUUCGAAAGCCUUCGACCUGAAAUGCACGAUUCCCGAGAUCGAGAACGUUGGCGAACCCUUGCUACUUUACCAAUCCGUGAACUGA